UUAAAGUGUCUUUCUGCCACCCAUCUUCCAUUUGAUAUAAUAAGAGUGAUAAAAUGAUGAAUUAUAGUUCAGGGUUUUGAAAAGCAAACCAGCUUUAGAACAAUGCUUGAGAUUGUUGCCAGCUUGACCUGUGGUUCCUGACAACCAACCUCAGAAAUAAUUCCAUCGUCAUGAGACAUACGGAAAGAACCACAAACCAAACCUCAAAAAUUCAUGCUAAGAUAAAAUACCCUUUAAAAAAAAAAUUCACCUUCGUAUUAGAAGGCAGACCAAAAGGAAGUUUAUCCUCCCACUGACAAAUUCCCCAGAGACCUUUCUACCAGAAGGUUGACACACAGCUCCACCAUCUUCUCUGAGCCUCCUGUGCUCUCCUUGGCAUAUGCCAGAGAGUAAGGGCAAUCUGGAGAGUGUCAUGGGCCUCAGGACCACUAAACAGAUGGGGAGAGGCACAAAGCAAGCCCCUGGUCACCAAGACUACUACUUUCCUGCAUUUUUCAGACCUGAGUUUUUAGCCAGAGACUGCUUCUUUGCGAUAAAUUGACUAAAAACUACUAUCUCUUCCAAACCAAUUCCUAACUUUCUCUUCUUGGGUGCGAAGACAUAGAUUACUUAAAACCCUUAAGAGAGUCCUAUUGAAUUUAAAUUGCCUCUCAUUUUUGUAUAAUAAUAGGUUUAUGACUGAUGCUAGGUUUAGUGCAAAUGUAGCAAUCUUAAAUACAUUCUUAGUAAACGAUUCCAAUCUGUGCGCAGGUGAUUUUUCCAAAAUUAAAAUUUAAACCUUAGUGACCAAUUCCGCAUUUCUGAGGGAGCCCUAAGCUCUUUUUCUAGAGAGGCAGUGAGAGUGCGUAUCAGGCUUCCUCUCUUCACUCCCUUUGUGCUGCGCUUACCCUGGAGGUCAUGUAAUAACCAAUGCCAAAGAAAAAUCAAAAUAGAAAUUAUUAGCGUGUGCCAUCAUGCAGCGGCGUACUCUGCCUAAAGAUCAGGAAAUUGUUUAAAUAUCAAAUCGCCGCCAGGCAUCUCAGCCCAGACCUGUGCGCGGAGGAGAGUUGUGUCCUGAUCGAAGCCGAGGCGAGGGAGCCAGGAAAACGACCUGCGACUGCAGCCGGGUUUCAAAGCUGAUAAUUGUCUCCUAGCCGGUCCCGGCAGCAAUUGCGCGGAGCUCCGCGUUGGGACCUUCUGGGGGGAACCUGGGCCUAGGGCUGUUUCGGGCGCCUACCGCGGGCGCUGGGAACCCCCGGGCACUCGGCCGCUCCUCCCAGCGCCCCGGCCCGCGACACCCGGGCUCCCGCCCGCGCCUCUGGAGGGGGUACCUAGACGCGCGGGGCAGAGGCUUUGCUAAUUACCAAGCAGGAAGUGAGCGCAGGGAAGAGCGGUCGAAAGCCGGGGAAGAGAAGGAGGAGGAGGGGCGCGCGGGGCAGCCGAGGUUUGCGCCCCGCGUGUCGGAGCGGUCCACCUCCCCGCCCCUGCAACCCGGCUCUCCUCCGCUGUCCUGCUCCAGCGCCCCACCCCGCCCCCAUGGCUUCUCCGGACGACCCUCUGCGCGCAGAUCACUUGGCAAAGGAGCCAGUGGAAGACACAGACCCCAGCACUAUAUCCCUUAACAUGUCAGACAAAUAUCCCAUUCAAGAUACAGGACUCCCUAAAGCUGAGGAGUGUGAUCCGGUUGCUUUGAACUGCCCGACCAAUUCAGAUAUGCAGCACCAGGGAGAAGAAAAUGGCUUUCCAGACAGUACUAGAGAUCCCCUUUCAGAUCUAAGCAAGGUCGAGCCCUGCGCCAAGAAGUGUACCUGUUCCUCCUGCUCGCUCCGGGCCCCUACCAUCAGCGACUUGCUCAACGACCAGGACUUACUAGACGUGAUCAGGAUAAAGCUGGAUCCCUGUCACCCGACGGUCAAAAACUGGAGGAAUUUUGCAAGCAAGUGGGGCAUGCCCUACGAUGAACUGUGCUUCCUGGAGCAGCGGCCGCAGAGCCCCACCCUGGAGUUCCUGCUCCGGAACAGCCAGAGGACGGUGGGCCAGCUCAUGGAGCUCUGCAGGCUCUACCACAGGGCCGACGUGGAGAAGGUCCUGCGCAGGUUGCCGUCGGAGCUAAGAUUGUGGAUGGCCUCAACCAGUCACCAUCCACAAGAUCCUUUAUGAUCCAUGGCCCUCCCACUGGCUUAGAAGAAAGCAACAGAAAGAAGUUACCCUUUUGUCUGUUACUUUUUUGGCUGUAAAGGACUAGGUGGAUUCACAAGCUGUUGGCAUUGUGUGGCAAUACCCUCCAGAACACGUGUGCCGUCCUCCUUAUGCAAACCCUUGUGUAAGCUGUGCACCGGCAGAGAUGUCUGCUUGAGUGUUUUGGAAAGAAAUAUGAAAACGGAUGGAUGUUGGGAGGAGAGUCAGGGAUUUCGCAGGGUCGUGGGGACCACGGUGGGGGGAGGUGAUGGAGGACACAGGAGGCUCUUUUGGUACCCACUGCUUUUAAAAAAUUAAUGUGCACUUUUACAUCUUUUUAUAUCAGGCCAAAUGUUUCAUCCCAAGAGGAAGCUCGGUUCAGAAAGAAAUAGAAAUUACCUGGCCAGUGGGUGAACUGUAACUCCCUCUGGUACCCACUACCCCAGCUUAAAACAGAACCCUGUAACACUACACAGCCCUUUACCCAAGACUCAGAAAUCUUUUAACGGUGAUGCUAGGAGGAAAGCUAUGCAUUAAAAAUCAAAAUUUGGAUUUUAAACUGAAUGAGAAAUUGGGUCCAAAGAACAACCAGUGUUCUUAUUUGAUGGUUGACUGUGGAGAGCGUGGGAGAUGGGAGAGUUUGCUGUAGGGGAGAUGGGUUGUUUUGGGGGUCAAAAAGAGAGAAGCCUUGGUUUACUUCAGAAUUUUGUAAAGGUGCCGUUUGGUUUUGGCUUUGGGUGUAAAAAAUUAAGGCACUCUGUCCAACUUGGGAGUAUUCUGUAUAAAUUCUUGACUAAAAGAAGCAAAAAUGAUGCAUAACAUUGCUUGGAGUACAAGAAUGAUUAGGAUUAACUUAAAAGAAAGUUAUUUUCUAAACUGCCGGCAUCGCUUCCCACUAACUGCUACAGCAGUUUUUGGGAGGUUGCUGGUAUAGCACCAGCCUCACCUCACCAUCAAAUGUAAACUCUAACCUCACAAAAUUACCAUAGAGACUUACUCACUUCUGAUUCAAUGUUAGUCAGAUCUAGCUCAUCUUCUCUUGUCAGAUUUAGCAGAUAAAUGUCAGGUUUAUUGAAAGAUGCCCUCGGAGUAACAGCCAGUGAUGAAAUGUAGAGAUUUAAAAAAAAAAAAAAAAAAAAAAAAGAUUCUUGGGCAGCGUGAUGUCCAAAGAGGUGAUUGUUCCGUAUUGACUGUCAGCCAAGUUCCAGGUUCCAUACAGACCUUGUAAGGGGCCGGGGGUGGGGUGGGGGGCUGUCUUCUAGGAGGUUGAUUUUAUGCACUAUGUUCUCAUUAAGCUGUGUGUGACAUGGUCCCUUGUAUCAGCCCAAGAUUUAUUGUGGGAAGGUAUAGAUGAGCCAGUGACACUCACUAUUGACAUUUAGGGAGAUGGAACUGAAAGGGUGUGAUUUUUUAGUGUUUUGUGGUACCAGACUCUCAGCGCUGGGGGCAGGGGUCAUGGCUCCUUGUAUCCUGACACCCCCAGUGGUUGGCGAUGGGCGGGGGCAGUCACAGACACUACCUGGGGAUAGAUGGAGUGGGUCCCAGCCUGACAGCCAGUGACCUGCUCACUGCUGCCAGGUUAGGUGCCACCAAGGAGUCCUCUCUCUCCCCUGGCUGCUGAGGACUCCCUGGGCUCCUUGCCUUUGCAGCUCAUUUCCACUGGGGCAGACUUGUCCCCUCAGCUCAAUACCAGCCUAUGGGGCCCGUGACCACUUGAGAGGCAGCAGGGGAGGGGAGAGGGUGGAGGAUGGGAAGGAGACCUGCUUCCUCCACUGGCAUCUGGCCUUGACCUGUUCAGGUGGUACCUUCAGUCCCACCCUCAGCAUCAUACCCUGGAGGGGGGAUGGGCGGGUUUCCCACCGUGUCCACAGACUUCCUCCACCUCCACCUGACAGAGGGCAGCCUGGAAGGAGGGGGUGGAAAACAGCCAGCCCCCCCACCCUGCCCUGCCCCCCUCCCUCUUGACCAGUCCCUGGUCUCUCAGGGCCCCCGCAUGGAUGCCCUGGACCACUCUCCGUGGUCAGAACACAGCUGAGGGAGAUGGGCUUGUAACUCCCUCCAGCAGAGCCAUAGCUGCAAAUAGAAACUAAAUCCGUUGCUGAAAUCCCAGGGUGACAAUCCAGAAAAUGGGAUGGAAUCUUCCCAUGGAAAGACUGGUGCACAUGUUUCUGUAGAACUCUCAGUUCUGUACUUCACAGGUUCCCGAAUUCACAGCUUUUUGUGGGCUGACUUGGGAACACCAGCCCCUACCAGCACUGCUUUUGAGGGACAUGUUUCCAAAAUUCCAGACUGAAGGUUUUCAGCCUCUUAACUGACUUUGGACAGGUUGUAUCCUCAUAGGUCUCUUGAACAUAGCUAUUGUUCAUAAAUGUCAGCCAAACUUACCUUUGGGUUGGGUCAAAAUGUUAAAACAGGGUUCAGCUAGAUCAGAUCUGGGCAGAGCUAAGAACACUCUCGUAUCUUUGUAUCCAGGAGUGACAGGAAAACCAUGAGACCACAGAGCACCACCCAUUCGUCUUUGUAUUUGGCAGCAUUGGUGCCAAAGUCCUGAUGGCUGAUAGUUUCCAUCACUAGCUAUGAAAGCCUGAGUUCCUAUUAUAAUUUUAUGGGGAAAAUGCCAGGGUAGAAGCGAUUUUGUUUGUUUGUUUGUUUGUUUGUUUGCUUUUUAGGACUGUGCCCAUGGCAUAUGGAGGUUCCUAGGCUAGGGGUCCAAUCUGAGCUACAGC